GCAAAUAGAGCAGACAGGGGCUUCGGAAUCUGACAAGAAGUCUUUUAUUACUUGUGGGGAAGCAUCCCUGGAUGCAUGUAAUGAACGGAAGUAUCAACGUCGCAAUAUUAAAGUCCUGGAGAGAACAUGUCCUCAGGCUUUUGGAAUACUUGAGCGGUGGGGUCGCGGAGAGAACCAUCAUGCGAUAGGGAUUUGAUAUUGGGAGCAUUCGUCAGAGGAAGUCCAUGACUAAUGUAUUUCUUGAAGCACAUCAGUUAUUGGUGAGGAUUGAUGUGUUAACGUGCAACUUGUUUCCGUCUUCGUUUCAGCGUUUAUUUAACAAGUGAUUGCAUCAUUUUGUAGAUGGAGCGCGGUGGAUGAACGGGUAUAUUCCGCACAAAUGCCUUCAGUUGAAAGGGACAACGCCAUGGCGCAGCGUAAACUGAGCGAAAGCACCGGUGGAUCUGGUGGACCGGAUUCGGGGACCCCGGUGUCACCCUUUCCCGGAUCACAACGUUACACACCCAUCGGAGUCUUGAAGGAAGGGAACUACGGGAAGAUCGAGUUGAUAGUGGAUAAGCGAUCUGGGGUAAGGUACGCUUUGAAGCAAAUAAAGAAGGACAAUAUCAAAUUCAAGGACUUUCAUCGAGAGAUCGUGCUCAGCUGUGAGUUAUCGGUACACGCGGCUGUUGUCGCCACGCUUCCUGAUACCUUUGAGUCUACAGAUGCCUACAUGAUGCUACAGGAGUAUGCUCCGUAUGGUGACUUACUGGAAGCGAUUCCUCCACAAAGAGGAUUGGACGAAAUCCGCGUGAAAUCUUGUCUUGCCCAAGUAGCAGCUGCUCUAUCUUUCUUACAUUCCAAACGCCUUGUUCAUGGUGAUGUCAAACCCGAGAAUGUUCUUCUCUUCGAUAAAGACCUUACGGUUGCCAAACUCUCAGAUUUCAGUCGUACCCGACGGAGAGGUUCGCUGGUUCGAAAGAACGCUCGAUCGAUCCCGUAUUCACCACCCGAAGUCUCCCAAGCCCUGGAGAAUGAAAGUUUCGCGUUAGAACCCAGCCAGGAUUCAUGGCACUUUGGUGUGAUGCUGUUCUGUGUCCUCACCGGGAUGUUUCCCUGGGAGAUUGCUGACUCUACUCGUAGCUCCUGCUUUGAAGAGUUCACCCGAUGGCAGAAGCGUAAGGUAACCGUGGCACCGCCGGCGUGGCGAAACUUUACGCCGAAACUUCUCAAGCUCUGUCGGAAGCUGUUGGAACCUAAGGCAGAACGGCGAGGCUCGGUGUCGCAAAUCCACAAGUACAUCGGUGACUCCUGGCUGAAACAGCCCACCUCUUCCUCGCCUCCUAGCCGAGCGGGGACGGGGGCAGCAGCGGCGAAGAGGUCACCUUUGGGACAAAACAUUACGUCCAACGCAAAGGAAGACGGGGAGGGCAACGGUAGCAACGACAGCAAUAACAACAAGACUUGUAUGGAUGAACUACGGGACAAACUGGAGGCUCAUGGUGUAGUCACCAGGACAAACAAAGACCUAAGAAGGCAGAGAACAGCAGACUGGGUACGAGAGACGUGUGUGAAUCCGUUAGUUGAUCCGCCAUAA